AUCCGCCCCGACCACACUCCGUAAAUCUCUCUUCCUCUUCUCUUUCCAAUGGCUCCUUCCUUGAAAUCCGACUCCAUCCUCACCAAUGGCGAAUCAAACCACCUCAAACAACCACGCGCAGGGCACGUGCAAGAGGACGAAGAAAGCUUCAUCUCCGCCAUGCAGCUGGCCUCCUCCUCCGUUCUCUCCAUGUCUCUGCAAGCCGCCUUCGAGCUCGGCGUCUUCGAUGCCAUCGCCGGAGCCGGCGAGGGCGCAAGCCUCUCUGCAAAGGACAUCGCCGCCAUGGUAUCCUGCAAGAACCCAGAAGCCCCAACAAUGCUCGAUCGUCUCCUUAGUCUCCUGGCCAGCCACUCUGUGCUUCACUGCUCCCUCGUCGACGACCAACAAGGAACAACACAGAGGAAUUACAGUCUCUCCCCGGUUUCUAAGUACUUCGUGUCGGAUGCUAAUGGCGUCUCUAUGGGAAAUCUCUUGUCCCUGGCCCAAGACAGAGUCUUCCUGGAAAGCUGGAGGGAGCUGAAGGGAGCGAUAAAGGAAGGAGGGAUAGCAUUUAACAGAGCACAUGGGAUGCAUGCGUUUGAGUAUCCUAGUAAAGAUGGGAGGUUCAACGAUGCGUUUAACAAGGGAAUGCAUGAUUCGACAAUUCUGAUAAUGAGCAACAUCCUUAAAUUCUACGAUGGAUUUGAGGCACUCGACAGAGUCGUAGAUGUUGGGGGUGGUCUUGGCAUCAACCUUAACUUGAUCACCUCCAAGUAUGCUCACAUACAGGGCAUCAAUUUUGACCUCCCUCAUGUCAUCCAAAAUGCCCCUACCUACCCUCGUGUGCAGCAUGUGGGAGGAAAUAUGUUUGAGAGUGUUCCUCAAGGACAAGCCAUUUUUAUGAAGUGGAUACUGCAUGAUUGGAGCGAUGAACAAUGCGUGAAGCUGUUGAAGAAUUGCCACAGGUCGAUUCCAGACGAUGGAAAAGUGAUUAUAGUGGACGCGAUUCUGCCCGAUGAACCAAACACUACUCCUGCUGUCCAAACGGCUCUUCAGGCAGACGCAUUCAUGAUGACCCAGAAUCCUGGAGGCAAAGAACGAACCCAGAAGCAAUUCCUGGAUUUGGCUGCUCAUUCCGGGUUCCCUGGGAUUCGAUUCGUCUGUCGGGUUUGUGGAUUCUGGAUCAUGGAGUUCUACAAGUAAAUAACAUAAUGUCGCUUUAAUAUAACAAGAGUGGUUAUAUAUAAUUAAGAUUUUAUUCAAAUGAGUCUCACUUCUUUUAACAUAUACAUAUGCAUCUUUUUUCUUUCUCCCUUUGUUUGUUCUAAAGGGCUAGGGUCGUUUACCUUUGAAUUUUCUUGUCAGUGCGCCCUCGGUUUCAUGAAUUACUAUUUCUUGCUCCAAGAAGUCAAUAAACUUAUUGUCUUCAAUUUGAA